ACAAAAUGUUCGCAGAAAGUUUCGUGUUAAAAUAAUAAAUAUUAAUUCAUAAAGUGUUAUUGUAGAUAAUGAUCUAAAUACUGAAGAUAACCUGUUACUGAGAGUUAAGACUGAUAAACCCCAGCAGAAAUAACAACGCCACAAUGGAGCACCAACAGCUGAUCGAGGAAAUGCCUAUAGUGGAACAGAUGCCCACACAAGAGAGACUGACAUUGGCAAGGAAAAGAAGAACCUUUCAGUUGAGGUUAUGGUUGCAGAAGGAGAAGGAAUUUGGAAAAAGGAGCGCCAAAUAUCAAAAAUCGAACAAAAGGGGAAUCUGCUUUAAUGACAGCGUCGUACUACUAGAAGCUGCAGCUAGAAAUGACAUUGAUGAAGUUCGAAGGUUGCUGAUGAAAGGUGUGAGUCCUGAUUCUUGCAACGAGGAUGGUCUCACAGCUCUACACCAAUGCUGCAUCGAUGAUAAUGAAUCCAUGUUACUGUUAUUAUUGGAGUACGGCGCUAAUGUGAACGCAGAGGAUAGCGAAAGAUGGACACCUUUACACGCCGCAGCUACUUGUGGACAUUUAAAACUAGUAAGGAUUCUUAUAGCAAGAGGAGCCAACUUAUUAGCUGUGAAUGCUGACGGUAAUAUGCCGUACGAUAUAUGCGAGGACGAUGCAGCUCUAGAUUACAUCGAAACGGAAAUGGCGAGACGCGGUGUCACUCAAGAACUCAUCGACGAUACCAGGGCCGCAACGGAAAAACAAAUGUUAAUAGACUUAAAGAAAGUAGCAGCUGCCGGUGGAAGUUUAGAGUAUUACGAUGAACAAGGAGCCACACCAGUAAGUUUUAUGUUUUUCGCACCAUUUUACCAUAAAUUGGAAAAUAUUGGCUAA